UCCUGCCUGCUGCUCUCGGUGGGGGGAGGGUUAAGUGAAAGAACAGCGAGUGUCCGGGGAUACAAUGCAUCUUCAAUAGAAUCGGAAUUCCAAUGAAAACCCGCUGAAACCGACACGCGCUUUAAUAGCUGCGUCUGCUCCUUAUUUAUCAUUUUAUAUCAUGUACACGAGAUUGUUUAAUCUGGUAGCCGAAGGUUUAUGUACAUUUUAACAGAAUUCUCUCAAUUUCCAGUUACAAUAUUAUUGCCUUCCUUGACUUUGUCUUCUACAUUCCAAUCUGUUCACCUGAUUAAUGAUCUGGACUCAAGUUAUAUCUGUAUCAAUCUGAAUUAAACCCGCCCUAUACAGUAACCCCACUCUACACGGUGGAUGUACACAGGGACUGUUUGCUUUGGGGCAUGUCUCGGUACAGUCCCAGUACACAGCGCUGAACUUGUAAGCAGCGCGUUUGCAUUGCUUGUGAGGAGGUUGGCUGCUGUGGGAGCGUCGUUGCUAAGCAGGCUAGUGCGUGGAAGAGCCUGUUGAUUCAACAAGGAGGAAGCGCGACAUUGCGCUUGGACGGCUUUGCACGCCGAGUUCAAUUUGAAACGCGUAUUAUAAUGAUGGUUAUUAUUACCCGCCUGGAAGCAGAAUUUACUGGGCUCCGUGGAAUGAGUGGACCGUCGUGUCUGUGAAUGUGAACGCGCGCAUGGUGGUGCUGUGCUAUGGGAUGGACGGAGCCCAGCUGGAUGAGUACGAGGUUCGAUUGAAGGAAGUCUUCGACGGUUUCGACGGCAGCGGCUCGGGAUCCCUGUGCCAGGAGGAGCUCUCGGACCUGUGCCAGGCUCUGCAUCUGGAGGAGGCAGCACCGGCACUGCUGAGGGAACUGGUGCAGGAGGGCAACCCGUCGGACAGGGUUCCUUUCGAGCAGUUUAAGGACGCGCUGAUCCUCGUGUUGUCAACGACGCUAGGAGGGCAUCCGUCGAGUGAAGAGAACAGCCAGGAGCCAGACUCGUCAGAGGCUAACCCCAAGUUCGUGAAGGACGGGAAACGAUACGGCCGUCGCUCGCUCCCCGAGUUCGGAGAGUCUAUAGAAGGGUUUGCUGAGGUCAGCGAGACCGAGCCCGUCGCCCCAGAAGAGAAUCCCCAAAACACCCCCACCUGGGACGGGUGCGAGCCCUGGAAGACAUCCACGCAAUACAGUGAGGAGUAUGAGGCUGAAGGUCAGCUGCGGCUCUGGAACCCCGAUGACCCUGGCACGCCCCGCGGGGGGCAGCCCCCCUCCCCGGACUGGCUGGAGGAGCGGCUGGGGGCUGUCUGUGAAGAGCUGGGGGUGUCUCGUCACGGCUGUGCAAGCUGCAGGCAGCUGAUCUCGAUGUGCGAGCAGCUGGGACUGGAGUUGCAGGGGCUGGACGAUGUUUUUACAAAUCUGAACCCUGACAGGAUGAUGAGUGUCCAGGACUUCAUUUCUGGGGUUCUGAGGAACGGGACGCCCCCCACCCCCUCCGCCUCCACCCCCUACCGGCAGCUCAAGAGACACCUCUCCACACAGCCGUUUGACGAGAGCGGCAGGCGCACGGCCACCCCCUCGGUGAUGACCAGCACCAUCGCUCUGCGGCUCUUCUCGGGGCUGGACGACGGCUCGGGCUACACCACCGCUGAGCGGCUGCUGGACGCCUGGCAGGAGGAGGGCAUCGACAACUGCCAUGAGAUACUGCAGGCCCUGGAUUUCAGUCUGGACGGGAAGGUGAAUCUGAGUGAGCUGACGAUCGCGCUGGAGAAUGAGCUCCAAAUCACCAAGAAUGGGAUUCACCAGGCGGUGCUGGCCAGCUUCAAGAGUGAGAUCCGCCACCUGCUGGAGCGAGUGGACCGCGAGAUGAGGGAAAAGGGGAAGCUGCGCUCCGACCUGGACAAGGCUGACCGGCUCAAGACACAGAUGGCCACCGAGAUGGACGAACACCACCUCGCCAUCGAGCGUCUCAACGACAGCAACCUCAGGAAGCUGGAGCAGGAGUACCGGGACAGGCUGGCCGCAGUGAAAGCCGAGCUGACGAGAGACCGGGACCAGAUCCAGCAGCAAGCCAGCAAGCAGAGGUCUGAGCUGGAGAGGGAGGUGGAGAAGGUGAAGGAGGAGGAGCUGUACCUGCGAGACCGCCUCUCACUUGCACACAAGGAGAACAUGCGUCUGGAGGCAGAGCUGCUGGAGAUCACAGAGAAGCUGGUGGAAAGCGAGAACCUGGCCAGCAAGCUGCAGAGCAACCUGGAUAACAUCCUCCAAGAGAAGUUUGGUGAUCUGGACCCGGGCAGCGCAGAGUUUUUCUUGCAGGAGGAGCGAUUCAAACGCAUGCGGAGCGAGUGUGAGCAGCAGUGCAGGGAGCUGCAGGACCGUAUUGACGAGCUGCAGGCUGAGCUGGAGGAGUACUCCGCGCUGGGCAGGACAUCCCGCCCCUCCCUCGGACUGUCCCUGACCGAGGAGUUUGACAGCAAGAGCGGCGUUGGUGUGGAGUCAGACCCUGGUCUGGGUUUGGAGGAGGGUCAUCCCUUCAACAUGAGUCUGGAGGCAGAGAUGCUGGUGGAGCAGCUGAAGGAUCAGCACCAGCAGGACAUGGCGAGCGUGAGAGCCGAGCUGCAGAGCAAGGUCAGUGAGCACGAGCAGCAGGUGGAGGAGCUGAAAGCCGGCCACGCUCAGGAGCAGAGGGCGCUGGAGCAGCGGUGCCGGGAGGAGGUGGGCCGGGUCCAGAACCAAGUGCACGAGCUGCAGAGCCAGCUGGAAACCCUGGAGAAGGAGUGCGAGAGAGCGGAGCGGCUUCACAUCGAGGAGAGGGCGGAGCUGGAGCGGGUGCGAGGGGAGGAGAAGAGCCAGGCCCAGGCCAAGGCCUCCGAGCUGCAGGUCAGAGUGGAAGCCCUGGAGAGCGAGUGUGAGCGAGGAGAGGAGGAGAGGCGGGAGCUGGAGAGGCGGCACGCGGAGGAGCAAGCCAGGCUGGAGGAGACCCUGCAGGAACGAGUGCAGGAGGAGCGCGAGAGGAAGCGGGUGGAGCUGGAGGAACGAGAGGAGGAGCUUGCGGAGUUGUUUGAGCAGGAGCGAUGCUCUCUGGAGAAGAGGCACCUGGAGGCCCUGGAGGAUCUGACUCUGAAACACAGCGAGGAGAGAGAGAGGCUGACUGGCCGGCUGCAGAGCCUUGAGCAGGAGAUCCUGGAGGAGAGGAAGAAACUGGAAGGCAACUUCAACCAGAAGAUUAGAGAGGCGGAGGCCAGGUUCUCAGGAGACCAGGAGGCAAUUUCAGAGAGAUUCCGGCAGGACAUAUCCCAGCUGGAGGAACGAUAUCAACAGGAGCUCAAGGAUCUUUCGGAGCGACAUUCCGAGGAGAAGGCUCAGUGGGAAUUCGAGAAGGAGGAGCUCCUCCAUGAAGGCGAGGGAGAGCGGGAACGUCUGCGGGAGACCCUGGAGCGAGAGAAGGAAGUGGCAUCCCAGGAGCUCAUCCUAGAAAGAGACCUCCUGGAGAAGAGCCACAAAGAAGAGUUCAAUAACUUAAUCACUAAAAACCAUCAGCUGCAGAAGGACCUGGAGGAUAUCGGAGCUGUGGCUCGGGGCAAAGAGAUGGAGCUCUGUGAGCUGCAGAAUGAGCUUCAGGAACGGCUGGAGGCCAAGGCUGAGCUUCUGGCCCAAGCUGAGGACAAAGCCCAAAAGCUGGACCUCCUGCUUCAGCAGGCAGUGGAAGACUUUGAGCAGGAAAGGUCCGAGCUGCAGUCUCAGCUCUGCAGCUUGGAGAAGAAGACCAUGGAGGCGUGGUCCCUGGUAGAGGAAGGAACGCAGGAGAAGCAGGAGCUGGCAGCAGAGAUCCGCAAGCUGGAGACCAGAAUACAGGAGCUGGAGCUGGAAGCCUUGACCUUGUCAGAGGGCUGCGAAGAGGCCAAGAAGCAAAAUGUGGAAAUGUUUGCCAAGGUCUCGCAUCUGACUGAAAGGAUAAAGGAGCUGGAAGCUGAAGCAGAGGCGCUUGCUGGCCUGCAAAUGGAAUCCGAGCAAAUCGAAAGGGAGGAAAUCAGCUCGACCUUCAGGAUUCCUGAAGUGGAAGAACAUGUUCCCGGAGAAAUCAAGGUCAUCGAAGGAGAUGGUGAGAUGCCUGAGGUUGCUCCUCUUCAGAAGAAGAUCAAGCAGUUGGAAAAGGAGAGUAAAAUCAUUCCUCAGCUGCAGGGAGAACGCGAUCAUGCCAUGAAGGUGCGUGACGACUGCUGCACUGAGAUACUGGAGCUGAGUGAGAAACUUCAGGACCAAGGCAACCUCCGAGUUGAGUUGCAAACCAGGUUAGAGGCUGCUGAAGCAGAGAACCUGAAGCUCCAGGAGAGAAUAACUGAACUUGAAGAAGCAGUCAAUACCAGAAAGACAUCUGUUGGGGAGCAAGCUGAGAGAGACAGUGAGGAGCUCCACUUGGACAUCUCCAGGGUGAUCGAACGCACCAAAGAGAUGGAAGACAAAACCCUGCAAGUGAUGGAGCUCCAGAGCAUGUACGAGGAGUGCUCUCUUGAUAAGAGCAGGCUGAGGGAGGAAAAGCUGAAGCUGGAGGAGAGAGUCCAAGUUCUGGAGGAGGAGAGGGAGCAAAGAUUAGGGGACCUGGAAGAGGAGUGUGCCAGGUCUAAAACAGAAAUGAGCAGACUGGCAGAGGAGAACUCUUUUCUCCGCAUUCAGAUCGGAGAGCUGAAGAAGCAAGAGGAACUGCUCAGAAACCAGCUCCAGGAGACUGAGAGCAGCAGGAAGAAGGAGGCAGCCGAGGUGAAGGCCAGGAAGGAGGAGAAGCUGCAGGAUCUCAACAUCCAGCUGGAGGCCAAGAUCCAGGCCGUGUCCGAGCUGGAGGACAGCUGCGCGGAGUCUGAGCGCAAGAACGCAGAGCUGAAGAACGCUGUCUCAGACCUGCAGAAGAAAUGCCACAAAUUCCAGGAAAAAAGCCAAGCCCACAGAAGCGAGGCUAGGAGGCUGGUCGAGGAGAAUCUCUCUCUGAAACGGGAGAUCUCUACACUGAAGGAGGACGGAGGCUUCUCACAGCUGAAACUGAAGGACCUCGGAGACACUCAGGAGGAAGUGCUGCGCAAGGUGGAGCAGUUUAAGAAGGAGAAGAUGGCGGCUCUGAAGGCUGCAGAGAAUUUAAAGAAACAGGUGCUGGAGCUGCGGUCCCGUGGUCAGCAGCUGGAGAGCGAGAACGCAGAGCUGGCUCAGAAGAGCGGUCGGAACGCCGAGGACCUCGUGGAGCUGAACCGGAGAAUGUGUGAGGUGCUGCGGCACCACGAGAUCCGCGAGAACGGCCGCCGCCACCACCGGGGGGAGCUAGAGAGGGAGAGAGCUGCGCUGAGCACUGAGCUCAGCCAGGAGAGGAGCAAGAUGGCGGCGUGCAUGUCCACUCUGGAGUCUGAGCUCUCAAGGGUUGAGGAGAAGAGCCGUGUGCUUGAGCAGGAGAAGGCACUGCUGAGCCAGGAGCUGUCUGCUAUGAAAGAGAAGCUGUCGGGCUCCGGUGACCUGAAGAAGGAACUGCUCGGCGUGGUUUGCAAGAACGAGAAGCUCCAGAAAGAGAAGGAGACGCUGAGCGAGGAGCUGAACCGCUGCGUGGACAAGGUUGCGAAGAUCGGAGUGCUUGAGAACCAGCUUGCUCAGCUCAGACAGGAUCGGCAGGCAGUGGAGCAGCACGCUCAGACACUGAGGAGCCAGCUCAGUGCCUCCCUGGACAAGGUCCACAGUCUGGAAGAAGCAGUACAGAGUGUCAACCUCCAGAUGGCUCGACUGAAAUCAGACCUGCGGGUCACCCAGCAGGAAAAGGAGGCCCUCAAGCAGGAAGUGAUGUCGCUGCACAAGCAGCUGCAGAACGUCAACGACAAGAACCAGGUUCUGGACCUGGCGGUGCACUCGACGGGCUACCAGAACCAGCAAAAGAAGCUUUACUGGGACGAACUGGCCAGACUGGUGGAGCAGGAGCAGCAGCUGCUGAGGCAGGAGAACGAACGGCUGCAGAAAGAGGUGCAGAACACCAAGGGGGACCUGAACCACUGUCGAGAGAAGAUCCGGCAGCUGGAGGCGAUGAUCCUGACUCUGAAGCAGCAGAAGCAGCAGGGCCAGUCCAGCCUGGUGAAGGCGGUGGAGCAGGAGAAGAGCAGCCUGAAGAGGGAGCUGGAGCAGCUGCACAGGGAGCUCCUGGCAGCCAACUGCAGGGUGAGCGAGCUGAGCGACUGCGAGCGAGAUCUGGAGAGCCUGAAGGUGGAGAACGAGGCGCUGCGGAGCCGACAGGCCAGACUGGAGAGCCAGACUCUGUGUGAGCAGCUCGGAGGGCUGGUGCCGAGGGAGCAGCUGGUCCAGGCCCAGCACAGGCUGCUGCAGGGGGAGCGUCGCGGGCAGCACCGUCCCGAGGACCUGGGGGGCCGGGUGCCAGACAUCAACAUGCAGCAGGGCGCGUUACCGGAGCAGCGUUCCGCGCAUACAGACACCUACAGGAGGAUCGGCAGGUUGUGAAGGCAGUUAAACACCGGUCCCCUCUCCCCUCCUGCCCCUCUUUUUUAUGAACUGUUCAAACUGGAAUAAGCUAACAAUACUCAAGACACUCUUCCCAGACUGCACUUCGGGAACCAAAAACUAAAACCAUCACAGCGUGCAAUGCAGCAGGGAACUCCCAGUCUCCAUCUCCAGCCAGUGAGGCUUAGCAGUUAGCGAUGAGGACUGGGAACCAGGGGAUCAGCGUUCCAGUCGCAACACAAAAUAUAAGUGCACAUAAAAACACAUUUUAUAAGGCCAAAAAAAAUGUAGGGAUGCAAAAAAAAAAAAAAAAAGGUUUAUGACCAGCACAGUACUGCAACCUCAUGUACUGCUGUUAAACUAAUUAUGAAUGCUUUUCUGUUUUAAUGUGUAUUUAAUUAAAUUCAUUUGAAUGUUACACUUGCCAAUUAACAAACAAUGAUCACUUUUGUUGUUUAUAUAUAUAUAUUGUAGCCUACUGGCUUCAUUGUUGUUUCCUAGCAAUUUGCAUCCAAAUGCUCUCUUUGAUAAAAUUCUUACUGACCUGGAUACUGUCAUUUUAAAUGAUUUAAAGGGAAUACAUUCAGUUAUCUUGACCCCUGUACUGUAACAAAGGGCCAGCAGAUGGCACUGUUUAGUGCAAGCCUCUUCAGUCGCUGGGGCUUUGAGAUGGAGACUGCUGCACUGCACACUGUAAUAAUAAUUGGGGACAACAAGGUAUCCUUGAAUGGAAACGGAAGCAAUAAUCUUCAAUGCACUCCUGUUUGUGUUUUAUAUAAAUGUUAUUAAUGUCAGGGUGGAAGUGCACCCUGUUUGAAAUGUAUGUUAUUUUUGUUUUAAUCGUUGUCGUCCAUCAGCAGCACUGUGUAUAUUGGUAGAGGCUUGUCCAAAGAUCUGCUCACCUCACACUGUAGAGUUGUGAACCGACGGUACUGUACAGUUUAUUGACAGUCGUAUCAAGGGUAAUUCAAUACAGCCUUGUUUUUUUUUUUUUAAGCUUGCUUAUGAAGAAGCUCCUCUUGCAAUUUGUAUCUACAGCGCUCCCUCGAUAUUCCACUAUUCCAUUAUUCACUCAUUUGAUUAUUUCACAUUGAAACCACAGUGCUUGUUCCAAACCGAGGUAGUCGGCUGUGGCAGUAAAGCAGGUUAAUCUGAUAUAGCGUAGAAACUGCCCGUCUCAAAUCCGUGUAUCCUCCUCGCAGAAGGAUUUCACAAGCACUGAAAUUCACUGUGGUUUUAUAAUACAUUAUAAUUCACUGAAUCAUUGAUGACAGCAA